UUUUCUAAAUGUCAGAGAACUUGUCAAGUCAAAAUCUGGUAGGGAGGAAACCAGAAGUAGGCGAUAUACCUUCAAAUAUGUCAAGUAUCACUUCAUCUAUGAUGGAUAUCUAAAUUUAGGGGAAUAGGUAAUAAUGGUGAAUCAAGUGACGGAAGUUUCUCGUCAAGCUCAAUUCACUCGGAGAUCAAUGAGCAGAGCUUGCCAUCUGUGUCAAUAACGAAGGCUCCAUCCAUCAAUGAUACUCAACAGAAACCCAAGAUGGCAACUUUGGGAGCCACACUGAAAGUCGGUCAUAUAGCCACUGAGACUCCGACUCUCUAUAACACGAUGAGGAGGCAAUCAAUGGUGAUCCCUGAUUUAAUGGAAGUAAAAUUUCAAGGGAAAGUGCAAGAAUCUUCCUCAAUUCUUGGGAAGUUCGCUGCUCCUGAGCAGCCGGAUUUUAAGGAUAUAGUGAGCUCUGUACUUGGCAAAUCUCCAAGACCUGGAAGAAACUUUGCUCGGGGCAAGACCAUCAUAAGGAACUCCCUCCAACCAAAUAAUUCUUUCCUAGAGCAGAUCAAUGAUAGCUCAGAAAUGUCAGAGCAGUAUGAAGUCGAUGACGGUGAUGAGGAUGAGGAAGACCAACAAGUUGAGAUUAAGGUCAAAAGAUGAUGCUUCUGGCGCGCUCAUAGCCAGAUUAGGAUCCGCUGGGACCUCUUCAUCAUCCUCCUCGCCACUGUGAAUUGCUUUCAAGUCCCUUAUAAUGUUGCCUUUACUGAUAUCGAGGACUCAAACAUUGGUCUAGAUAUUUUUAACGGCUUUAUAGACUUUUUCUUUAUGAUGGAUGUAGCCAUUAACUUCAGGACUUCAUAUAUAAACGAAUUGACUGGGAAUGAGAUCCUUGACACAAAGCUUAUAGCAGUGAAAUAUUUGAAAACCAGGUUUUUCAUUGACUUGUUGGCCUCCAUCCCUCUUGAUUUCAUGAGCUACGCAGUGAGUAACUCUAAGAGCAAUACUUUUCUACUCCAGAUGCUUGGAUUGCUGAAAUUAGUGAGAGUUCUGAGGCUAUCAAGACUCAUCACUUACCUUAACUUUAAGAAUGAUAUCAAAAUGACGUUCAAAUUAAUUAAACUGGUGUUCUUCUUAGUGCUCUACCUGCACUGAAUGGGCUGAGUCUGGUUUUUCAUCGUUAAACAAGACAAGCACUGGAUACCUCCAUUGGACUAUGUGUUUAUAACAACCGAACUUUGGGACAAGAGCUCUUUUUAUAAAUACACAACUUCUUUGUAUCAUGCUGUGCUCAUGCUUGGGGGAAAUGACGUCGGACCAAGAGGAAACCUCCAGCUUGCAUUUGUAACCCUGAUGUUAGUCAUGGCUGCAAUUAUUAAUGCCAAUAUCUUCGGUAACAUCGCUGUACUGAUCCAGUCAUUAAACAGAAAAGCUUCGAACUUUCAGGAGAAAAUGGAGUAUGCAAGUGAGACUAUGAAGAACCUGAAGAUCCCUGAAGAGAUCCAGGAUGAAGUCAAGAGCUACCUGACGUAUACACAGACCACGCUUGAUCACCAGAAGGAUCUAGAUCUCUUCUUGAAUAUGCUCUCGCCUAGUCUGAAGCAUGAGGUUAGUGUACAUAUUUUCCAUGAUACUAUCUCUAUGAACGAUUGCUUUAAAGAGGAUGGUGAGGUAGUUAAGUCGAUACUGAACGACCUCAAGAUCAACUUGCUCCUCCCAGAAGAUAAAAUUAUCAGGCAGGGUGAUGCCGCAGAAUGCAUGUACUUCCUUGCCAAGGGUGAAUGUGAUGUAUUUGUCACUGAUGAGCAUCAGAUCGAGAAGUUCACCAGAUCUCUGAAAGGAGGCAGUUACUUCGGAGAGGUAUCUCUUCUAAAGAACUGCUUGAGAACUGCUUCUGUGAUCAGUAAAUAACUAUUCAACCUGCGCUAAACUAGAUAAAGCGUCCUUUUUCAGGCUAACUGAGCGCUACCAAUUUAUAAAGGAGAGUAUGCUUGACCAUAUGAGGGAAGACUACCAGGACAAAUGGAAGAGGUUUAUCAAGAGGUGUAUUCGAAACAUCGACUAUCUCAGCUAUGGAAUCCCUGAUAAAAUCGUUGAGGAAAUGACAUACCUAUUCGAACUGACUAGCUUGAAGGAGGGAAACUACCUCUUCCGUGCUGGAGAAGUCUGUAAGGAUAUCUACAUCAUUAAUAAUGGGGAGCUGAAUAUCUAUGUCCACAAUAACUCGAAAGAGACAUACCUGGAGUCUUUAUACACAGGAUGUAGCAUAGGUGCAUACUCCUCUCUAAGCCAAGAAGCCUUCACUAUUUCUGGUAGAGCCAAGACUGACAUCACUUUGCUAAAACUGCCAUUUAGUAAAAUGUCAGAAUUAAGGGAGAAAUUUGAGGAUCUAGACAAAGUUAUGAGUGAAUAUGAAGCCUAUAUAGAGGAAAAUGGCCUUCCUUACUGCGAUUAUCGACUGCUGAGGAACAAAAAUUCAGAUAUGACUCCUAAGGAGAAAUUCAAAUCGGGUGUCAACCGAGUGAUGAGGAUCAUCAGGUCAUAUAAAAGUUCGGCAUUUGCUGACCUUAUGGACAAAAUUCGUGCGAAAAUGAAACAAGAAAAGGACAUGAAAGAGAACAGAAGGAGGUCUGUCAUCAUGCGUAACGUUCCUCUUACACCUGAAGAGAGGACCCAGCAGAUACUCAUAGACUUAUAGUUAGCAAAGUUGAGUCUCUUAAAGACAAGAUUGACCGCCAAGAUAAACAAAUCGGUAACUUGAAGCAAGAACUAGGUGCCAAAAUUGAGCAACUGAAAUGAUAUCAGGGCAGCUCUUUUGAGUUUUCAGGAGAAUCAAGCAACAUGAAAACUCCGAAAUCCAAGAAAUCAAAGAAGAAGAUCUGUGGAAAGAAUAUUAUCAAGGAUACCAAACCGAAGGCUGGGGAUAGGAACUCAAAUUACUUGAUCAAGAUUGAGCCUGCCAAGACCAUCCCUGCACCUAAUUGUGAGAGCGGGCGUCCUAAAAUUUCACGGAACAGCAUGAUGGUAAAUCCAUCUAAGGUUCUUAUGACUGGGAAUAGCCUUAAAUAAACCUGUAAUGAAAGAGAUUAUAGAGGAAGGAUCAGUGUCUUCUAAGAAGAGCCAGAAUGAAGAAUCACUAGAUGGGGAUACCUUCAACCAGGAGUCUUUCGAACGAUUUGACACUGAAAGCAAACUUGACCUUGAUAAUGAUCAUGUUCUUAACAAAGAGGAACUGAAGGAAGAUCAACUCCAGAUCCCAACCCUUAUCGAAGAUGAUCCACAGAACAAUUCAUUGAUCAUCAAAGCUGAUAAAGCCAAAUUACUAAAGCGGAAAAAGGCAGACAAGAAUGAAGUCUCUGUAAAAAUGGAAGAGAAAUUAAAUCUCACUAGUUUGGAUUUCUUAUCUGAAGACAAGCAAUCUGAAGGAUAAGUGGUUUAGAACAAGGCAUCUUAGAGAAUUUUUGUGUGAAUGAAACCCAGAUGCCAUUGUUCUUAUUAUAAACUAUAAAUUUAUUUCGUAAGCACAUUUAGAUAAUCUUCAAUCCUCUUUGU